UUAGAAUAUUUAAAUUCUAUUUGUUUUAUUUGUUUAUUUUAAAUUAGCGCAGCAAAGUCAUCGCCCAAUUUAAUGUCUAUAAAGAUUUUAGUGUAUGUAGGAAUAAAAGUGUUUCCUCGUAAACAAACCAAUGUUAUGACUUUUAUGCAUGUUGAUGCUUCAAGCAGCCAAUAAUCCAAUGUGUGUGCUGUGACAAGCUAGUCAAUGAUUAAUUGUCUUUGAGUUGCUCGGGAGAAAUGGGCGGAAGAGCCAGGUGGCAAGGAGAUGCUCCAGUGGACGUGGAGCCCGCCGACUUCCUCCCCGAGUUGAAGAAACUUUCUCCAGCCAUGUUGAAGUGGAAGCUAUUUAGGGUGAGGAACGCUCUGGUGAGAGAAUGCAUGGCUGAAUUCUUGGGGACUUUUGUCUUGCUGCUUUUUGGCUGCUCGGCUGCAGCGCAGGUCAAGACCAGCAGGGAGAUGAAAGGACAGUUUUUGUCAAUUAACAUGUCCUUCUCUGUGGGUGUGAUGUCAGCGAUGUACCUCACAAAAGGCAUCACAGGUGCCCAUCUGAACCCGGCCGUAACCCUCAGUUUCUGUCUGUUGGGCCAGGUGCCAUGGAGGAGGCUGCUGCCAUACUGGCUCUCACAGCUGCUGGGAGCUUAUGUGGCUUCAGGACUGGUCUACCUGGUUUAUUAUGACGCCAUCAUGGAUUUUAGUGGAGGAGUACUGACUGUGUAUGGCGUAAAUGAGACAGCGUCAAUAUUUGCCACGUAUCCCUCUGAGUUUCUCACUUUGGGCAGGAGUUUCCUGGACCAGGUAGUGGGCACCGGCAUGCUGAUGCUAUGCAUCCUGGGUCUGGAUGAGAAGAGGAACACUCCCGCUCCCAACCAGCUGAUUCCUGCUAUUGUGGCAGUGAUCGUCUUGGGCAUCUCCAUGUCCAUGUCGGGCAACUGUGGGGCAGCCAUAAAUCCCGCUCGCGAUCUAGGACCUCGACUUUUUACUCUGACUGCAGGCUGGGGCUCUGAAGUGUUCACGUGUUACAACUACUGGUUCUGGGUCCCCAUAGUAGCCCCCCUGAUCGGUGGUGUUUUAGGUUCUGUUAUUUACGUAAGCUUCAUCCACUGGCACCUUGCCCCUGACUCUGACACCCACAAAGACGAGGACACGCCCUCCAUCGCCAGUGACGUCAUCAAGCAGCCUCCCACCAAAGCCCUGAUUAGCAAUGCGCUAAAGACGGCUUCAUUCUGACACUUCCAUCCGGGACUUUUUUCCACAUUUUAUUCUGCAAGCUUCACAGACAGAGUGGAUGCAGCUCAUCUAAUUGUUUUUUUAUGUGUAUUAUUUCUUAAUUAUGUCUGCUGUCAAUCCAAAUGGCAGGGUUGUAUUUAUUUGUAUAUGCUGCAAAAAGAUGAAAUAAAUGAUGUCUCUAAC